AGUGACAAGCUGUUAUCUGAGCCGGGAGUUAACCGAAAGAGUAGAAUACAAAAAUAUAAAAAACAUUUUUGAUUCAAUAACAUUGUGGAUAUGUCUAAUAGUGUUAGUGCUAUGGAAUAUGAAAAUAUGGAGCAAAAGUACAUUCAAACAAAAAAUAAACUAAAAAAAUCCUUACAGUAUAACGAGCGAUAUACAAUACAAAUACAACAGCUUAAUAAGCGGCUUAAGAAGCUUGAAACCGACAACCAGAAGCUAAAGCAUCAAGUUUGUCAAAUAAAAGUCAAAGGCCAGACAAAAGAUUCUAGCGAUUCCGAUGUUUCAAGUGCAAUAAAUCUAAAUCACGAACAAUCAAGUUUGGUUGAGAUGAUACAAUCAAAAAAUCAACAAAUUACCGAUUUAUUAAAAGAUCUUGAGGAUAUUGAAAAUGAAAACCUAGCAUUAAAUAAUACACUUAUAGAAGCCAAGGAUGAACUAGCUUUAGCAACCGCACAAAUUAGUCAUAUGAUUGAAACAUUAAAAUAUGAAGAUGCGCUUAUAAUGGAAAAGACAGAAUUAAUAGAAUCAUUAAAAAUGGAGGUAGAAGAUUUGAAGCAAAAAUUACAGCAGUGUGAAAUUGAAAAAACUAAUUUAAAAGAAGAAUUUGAUAGUGCUUCAAAUAGUUACAAACACAACCAGGUUGAAAAAGUGAAAGAUGAGUUUGGUUUGAUCCUGCAGAAAAAAGAAGAACAAAUUGAAAAGCUGCAACAGCUUUUGAAAGGACAAUAUGCUCAUGUUGUUCAUCCUAUUAAUGAUGUUACAAGUGAAGAUGAAGUUAAGCGACUAAAAAUUGCUUUGUCGGAAAUGGAGGUGCAACUAAGUUCCUUAAAAUCAGAGAUGCGAACUUGCACCAAAGAAUUAAAAGAAAGUACCAGUAUCAUUAAGAACUUAAACAUGAAGAAGCAGACUUUGGAAGAUAAAAUUGAAGAAUCAAAAAAUUACGAAACAAAAAUAAAGACACAGCUAAAAAAGGCCCAUGAACGGUGCCAAAAUAUGCAGAAAGAGGUUGAAUAUGCAAACAAAAUUACUAGAAUAUUUGAGGAUGAGUUAUCAAAACUGAAAGACCUCUUAAAGCAAAAUGAGAAAGGAGACCUUACAGCAUAUAUAGACGAAAUUCAGUCGUUAAAAAUAGAGAGGUUGCUUAAUGAAAAACAACUUGUGAGUCUCAUAAAAGAUAUAAAUAAAAUUCAAGAAUAUUGCAAUAACUAUCGGAUGGAAAAUACUGUCUUAAGAGAACAAAUGGGGCUUUCUUCGUAUGAUACAAUUGAAAUAGAUAGAUCUAUGGUUAAUGAUAUUCAAAGGCAGAAAAAAAUAAUUGAGAAACUACACUCUGAACAAGCAAAAGUUCAUGAAGAAAAUAAAAAGUUGAAAUUGAUAGUUAAAAAUCUAAAACAGCAGAUCAAUGAAUAUAUCGAAAAACUGGCUAAUCCUAUUGCGCAAAAUGUGAAGGAUCUCAACGACGAUGAUAAAACAUCUGAUAUUAAAACUUUUAAUAAAGAAAAUGAAGCUUUAAGAAACGGAUUGCAUGAACUUUUAAGUAGUGUAAAACUUAAGACUGACAAUAUUCCAGUAGAGUUAGAUUCAAAUAUCCUUGAAAGCUUGCUUAAAGCUUUAAGUGAAAAUCAUAUUUCCGGCAGAUAUGACCUGGAAGAGCAUCAUUCAAUGGAAAGUGUUAAUAUAGAGUUGACAACGCAGUUACACCAGACGAGAACGCAAUUGGAUGACAUAAAAUGUAUCCAGGAUUCUCAAACAGCGCAAUUAAAGGAAACAGAAAUGAAGCUCAGUGAAAGAAAUUCCAAAGAAGUAACUAUGAUAUUGCAAAGUAUGUUAGGCCCAAGUGAUAACAUACUAGAGGAAAUACGAAUCAAGAUGCUCGAAAUUUUUGCUCUUUUUAAUGGUUCGGAUCCCAAUCUCACCACUAUUAUGGAAAAUGAAUUUAACAUUCUCCAAAAUCACGUUGAUUCUUUGCAUAUAAAAUGUAAAAUGGAAAAAGAUAACUUGUUAAAAAAAUAUACUGAAUUUGAAAAAAGUAUUUGUGACUACAAACCAAUAAGCAUCAGUAAAGAAUUGAGUCCUGAAGAGUUGGUAAAUAUUAUUAAUAAAGAGAACAAAAAAGCCACUUAUGCCCUUGCUCGGCUUAGCUUGAUGAAAGAUGAAGUAACUCAAUUAAGAAUAGAAAACGAUGAAUUUCAACAAAAAUAUUUAAAGCAGACUGAAGCACUUUUAACGGAGUUAGCACACUUACGCUUGAAAAUAUAUUCUAAAAACAAGGAAAGAGCAAAUUUGGUAGAUCAAAAAGUUGUAAAAGAAAUUCAAAACUCCUUGAAUGAAAUUCUAAUAAAAUAUAGAGAACUUUUAUCAAAAAUGGACGAAAAACAAAUCCAACAUGAUUUGGCAUUAGAAAUUCUGGCUAGACGAGAAGUGAAUAUGAAAAAGGAAAUUAAUGAAUUAAAAGAAAAACUAAGCAACGCAGUAACUAAACUCAAUGAAAACUCGUAUAAAAGUGAUCCUAACAUCUUACCAUUUUCCCAAAAAUUGGCAGCGGCUGAGGUUGAAAUAAUAUCAGAAAAAAAUCGAGCUGAUCAUAUAAAUAACUUGUACGAGUUGGUUAAAGAACAGUUAAUAAAAUCUGAAGAUAAAUUCGUUGAGUUUUCAAAGUACGAAAACGGAUUGUUGCAGAAAAAUUUGGCAUUCCAAAAGAGAAUUGUGGAAUUGGAAGAUGAAAUUACUUUAUGGGUUGAUCCUAAACUAUUAGAGGACUUACAGGAAAAGUACAAUGCUAUUCUACAAGAAAAAGAAGUAAUUAUGAAAGAAGUAGAAGAGCUUAGAAAGACUAGCAGUACUACAGCACCUGGAUAUAAAAUGUGGUCUAAUGAGAAGGAGCAAGAGAUGUUGGGCUUAAAACAUGAAAUACUGGAUCUCACUUCUACAUCAGAUUCAAAACUGCUAAUAGACCAAUUAUACUGUGAUUUAUAUAAAGCUCGCGCAAAUCUGAGAGAGACUCAGUUACAAAAUGAUUUUCUAAAAAAGGAAGUUUUUAGUUGGGAACUACGAUACUCUAAGAUUGUUUCAGAAAAUACGCAAGAAAGGAAGAGCUUUGUAGCCGAAAUUAAGGCAUUAGGUCAGAAAAAUGGGGCUUUACACAAUAUAAUUAUAAAGCAAAGACUGCAAUAUCAUGGUUGUAGUCCUUUAUCAAUUAAUGAAAUAUUAAUUAAAAGGAUGGAAAACAUUGAAAAGGAAAAGCACCAAGCAUUUCUUGCUUUACAGAACGCUUUAGAUUUGGAGGAACAAUUUACCAUUAAUAUGCCACUAACAAAAGAAAAAAAUGAACCAAUCAACAAAAAACUAAAUUAUCUUCACCAAAAAAUACAAAACCAAGAUAAUGAGAUACAAAAUCUUGAAAGAGAACUCUUCUCAGCCUAUAGCAUUAUAGGCUUCGAAGAAGCAAGGGCUAUACCGACUUUUAAAAGACCAAAAAAAAUGGUUCAAAAAAUAAUCUCUCAUGAAUAUUUAGAUCCUGUUCCAAUGGCUAAUCCUCAGCCUACAAAGCCCUUAAAAAUUUUAAGAAAUAUAGACAGCCAAACUGAGAUUCGACAUGAAGAAGAGAAUCAAUAUGCUCAUUUGGUGAAAAUAAUGCAAGUUGAAUUAAAAAAUGCACAAAAUCAGAUAACAAUAAAGGAAAAUCUUAUUAUAGAAAAAGAAACAUUAUUAGCCACUAAAAGUAAAGAAUUUUCUGAAGCUAAUGAACAAAUAAAAACACUUAAUCAGCAAAUAAAAUUGCUCGAAAACUCUUUACAAGAAUUCCGAAAUCAAAGAAAAAUUCAGACGCAAGCUCCUUUAAAUGGUGCAGGUGAUGGCAUGUCGCAAACCAAGGAAGAGCAAAUUAUGAUACUUAAAGUUUCUAUUGAAAAGGCCCAAGAAAAAUUAAAACAAAAAGAUAUUGAAAUAUUCAAAUAUCAAUCGUUACUUAAAGAAGAUAAAGACACACAUAGUAGGGCUGCCUUAAGUUUAGAACAGGAAAUUUCACAUUUAAAAACUCUUUUAGCAACAGAACAAGCAAAUGUGAAAACUUUAGAAGGAGAAUUAUCAGAUUUUCAUAAAAAAUCAAUCAUAGUCGAAAAGUAUGUCUAUCAAGUACGCGAAUUAGAAACGCAUUUGGCAGAGCUCCACACUAAAUUAGCGCAGCAGCAAAUUAGAUUGGAUAAUGCUGUUCAGGAGGCCAACAGAUGGCGUCAUAUGGCUCAAGAGCGUCUUAUUGCAAUGCAAGAACUGGGAGAAAGUUUAAAUGAACAACAUAAUAUCGAACUGAGUAGCUAUAAGACCGAUUAUGAAAAACUAAAGGAAUUAUCUUCAGUUGAGGAAUCUUCUAAAAAAAUUACUUUGAAACAAAAAUUGAUCGGCUACAUAGAUCCUGAAAUUGUUAAAUUAUGCAAAGACAAAGAUGAGCGAAUUGAAAAACUCACUGCGAAAAUUAAAUUGAUGGAAAAUGGUGAAUUUAAGAUAAAUAAUCCUACAACCGCUAAUCAAGACUCUAGUGAGAACCUUGUCAAAGAAUGUGAAAAUCUCAGGACCAAAUAUGAUUCCGCUUUAACUAGAGAAAGAAUUUUAAAAGAUGAGAUCCGGGAGUUAAAAGAUCAUUUAACGAAAAGAUCAAAUUUAUCAGCUAGAAGCCAAAAAUCAGAGCGAUCAGUCAAAGAACACUUGCAAAAAAAAAUCAUCUCUCUGGAAAAUGAAAUUAAAACCUUAAAUGAGAAAAUUGCUCAACAAGAUUUACUAAUAGAAAAACACAAGCUAACUGCCAAUGACGAUUUCGAAAAGUGGAAAAAACAAAAAUUCUGGCAAGAAAACUGUAAAAAAUUACAAAAAAAGUUACAGGAAGCGGAAGAAGAAGUACGAAAACUUCAUGAGUCUUGUUCCAGUUAUAAAUCAUUAUUAUCCAGACUAGAAAGGGAGAAAAUCAGCCUUGAAAAUCGAAUUAAAGCUCUUAAAAUAGACCAAAGACAUCUAAUUACUGACCAAGAUAAACUAUUACUCAAAGAAGAAAACGAAAGGCUGUCAAUUGAAUUGAAAACGUUACAGGCAAAAAUCGACAUGCAACAACAAGGAGCUAGUGCUUUGGGCGUUGCAGUAAUGCAAGAAAAACUUGAAGCUCAAGAAAGGAAAAUUGCUGUUCUGGAACUCAGUGUAAAGGGCCCAAUUGAACUUCGUAAUGAAAUUGAAAAGCUACAGACAACAAUGGCAAAUUUACGAAAAAAGAAUUUGUCCCUAGAAGCAGAAAAUUUAGAACUAAACUUAGCUUUAAAAAUAUACGAGAGAGAGUCUUUUCAUUAAUUAUGUAUUUAAUAUAUUUAGGUAUUACCCAUUAUGUACUGACUUUACAUUUUAUAAUCUUUUUGAAGUUAUUUAUCACUAAGGAAAUAAAAAAAUGAAGAAAUCAA